AUGGCUGUGGUUGAGCAUCAAGCUUUGACGAUCUGCGGGGAUGGCACGCGGUACGCACCUCACCUAGGCACCAAGGCGCCGAACAAAGACGCACAGCAUCACUUUGUGUACGUACCUGAGUUUGCCCAAGGUAGAUACACAAGGAACAUUUUCGCGUCCCCGCCUACUUCAGCUUUCUCUGCAAGGCAAUGCGCCGAUCAUCCUGAGUUGGAGAUACCAGGAGGCACGAUGAAAGUUCUUUUCGAGAAAGAAGUCUUUCUUCAGAUACGACGCGUCCAUCACUCUGCUGCAAAUGCUACAGGACUAAACCGUCGGCACGGUAAAAUGACCCACUCUACACGUGGGAUGCUUGUCCUCUUACUGGGAUCAUCUGCAGAACGAACCCUCGCGAACUGUUGUCGAACGCAGUUGGACGCCGGUUUUGCCUUAGGUGCGCAUAACAAGCUGGAAGAUAACUACAAGCAGUUUCUAGAUGGGUUGUAA